AUGGACACAAGGGUAGGCAGUAGGCCCGGGGGGCUCCCCGGCAGUGGCUGUGAUCUGGGCAGAGCCCGGGAACACAUGCAAGCGGUCACCCGAAACUACAUCACCCACCCCCGUGUCACCUACAGGACGGUGUGCAGUGUCAAUGGGCCCCUGGUGGUGCUGGACCAGGUCAAGUUUGCGCAGUAUGCUGAGAUCGUCAACUUCACCCUUCCCGACGGCACUCAGAGAAGCGGGCAGGUGCUGGAGGUGUCUGGGACCAAGGCAAUUGUUCAGGUGUUUGAAGGAACCUCUGGGAUCGAUGCCCAGAAGACCACCUGUGAAUUCACAGGGGACAUCCUACGGACUCCAGUGUCAGAAGACAUGCUGGGUCGGGUCUUCAACGGCUCUGGCAAGCCCAUUGACAAGGGGCCAGUGGUCAUGGCAGAGGACUUCCUGGAUAUCAAUGGCCAGCCCAUCAACCCCCAUGACCGCAUCUACCCAGAGGAGAUGAUUCAGACGGGCAUCUCUCCCAUCGACGUCAUGAACAGCAUUGCCCGUGGUCAGAAGAUCCCCAUCUUCUCAGCAGCCGGGCUCCCCCACAAUGAGAUUGCCGCCCAGAUCUGCCGCCAGGCUGGGCUGGUGAAGAAGUCCAAGGCUGUGCUGGAUUACCACGACGACAACUUUGCCAUUGUCUUUGCGGCCAUGGGGGUGAACAUGGAGACAGCCAGGUUCUUCAAGUCUGACUUCGAGCAGAACGGUACCAUGGGGAAUGUCUGCCUCUUCCUGAACUUGGCCAACGACCCCACGAUCGAGCGCAUCAUCACCCCACGCCUGGCACUGACCACUGCUGAAUUUCUCGCCUACCAGUGUGAGAAGCACGUGCUGGUCAUACUGACCGACAUGAGUUCCUACGCAGAGGCCUUGCGGGAGGUCUCAGCUGCCAGAGAGGAGGUGCCGGGCCGCCGAGGCUUCCCGGGAUAUAUGUACACAGACCUGGCCACCAUCUAUGAGCGGGCAGGCCGCGUGGAGGGCCGGGGAGGGUCCAUCACUCAGAUCCCCAUCCUCACCAUGCCCAAUGACGAUAUCACCCACCCAAUCCCAGACCUGACGGGCUUCAUCACAGAGGGACAGAUCUACGUGGACAGACAGCUUCAUAACAGACAAAUCUACCCCCCCAUCAACGUGCUCCCUUCCCUGUCGCGGCUGAUGAAGUCUGCCAUUGGGGAGGGCAUGACGAGAAAAGACCAUGGAGACGUCUCCAACCAACUGUAUGCUUGCUACGCCAUUGGGAAGGACGUGCAGGCCAUGAAAGCAGUGGUGGGGGAGGAGGCGCUCACUUCGGAGGACCUGCUCUAUCUGGAAUUCCUGCAGAAGUUCGAGAAGAACUUCAUCAACCAGGGCCCCUAUGAGAACCGCUCGGUGUUUGAGUCCUUGGACCUGGGCUGGAAGCUGUUGCGCAUCUUCCCCAAGGAGAUGCUGAAGCGCAUCCCGCAGGGCGUGCUCGAUGAGUUCUACUCCCGCGAGGGGGCGCCGCAGGACCCCGCGUCCGACACUGCGCUCUAGCCCCGCCCACAGCGGAC